GACUGCCGAGCGGCGUGGUGAGAGCGAGGAGCAGUCCGGGCGGCUCUCAUUCACACCGACAACAAAAACACUCUGAGGAGAAAACACACCGGACAGAUUAUCCGCCAGAAUGCCGUGUCGGAAGGAGAACUACAUCUUCUUGGAGCAGUCCGUUACCGUGGGCUCCAAAGAAGUGGACGCGCUGGUGACUAAAAUCGGCGAGGCGCUGCAGCUCCACAACAAUAACAGCGGCCACCAGAAGAAGACGGUGUCCGUGGCUGUGUCGUGUCUGCACGGGCUCACCGGCAGCGGCACCGGCGGGGUUAAACCCGCGGGCAUCAUCAGCGGCUGCGGCGGCGGUGGAAGCACCGGAGCUCCGCAGAAACGCACAGGCUGCUGCAUGCGGCUCCGGAACAACCGGGGACACCGGCGGGAGAGCAGCAGGGCAAGCCCGUAUAGAAUCCCCGGGUCCAACAGCGACCAGGACUGGGACCAAUCCAUCAAACCGUGGAACAAAAAAAGAAUCAACGUGGAGGAGGACGACCCGCACCGGCUCCUCCAGGAGUUAAUUUUAUCGGGGAACCUGAUUAAAGAGGCCGUGAGGAGGCUGCAGUUCUCCGCGACGGACUGUGGAGAUUUCCCCAAGGCGGCGGACAAUGUGCCGUGCUGAUUAACGUUAACGGACGGACCGGGGGACCUGGGGGGGAGGUAGGGAGGUUCCUCUCCCCUCCGGAUGGACACAUGAACUAUUUAGAAUAAAAAUUUUCACAUGACUGGUAGCUAUGUUUCUAAUUUCAUCAAAUUUUGGCAUUGAUUGAACGUUUGUUACGCUACGUUUGGCUAGCAGUUAGCCUAGCUGGCUCGCUAGCCACCCGGCUAAUGUGCCGUGUUGUUUAUGUUUGAAUGUCUCCUUGAGGGUCAGACGUGCGGGGGGGGGGGGGUGAGCCACCAAAAACUUGCUUAUAUAUAUAUAUAUAUAUAUAUAUAUAUAUAUAUAUAUAUAUAUAUAUAUAUCAGCAAGGUAAGGACAUGUCUAAUCUAACUAAACUGAAGGUUAACCUCCUGAAGGUGUAAAGUACAACAUCACAUGGGAGUUUAUUUUGUGCGUAACGUUAGUUCUGUGAAGAUUGAAGAUUCCUGUGAUUCCUGAACAAUGGGGUUUUUUUCUUCCUUUCUGGUUGAGUCACACUGAACAGUGGCAGGAAGUCUUUGUUAUUAUUUCUUAUUUGUUCAUGUGGUGUUGUUUUUUUGGGGGGGUAGCCAUUCCCUGCUGUGGCAGACCAGUUAAAAAGGUUUUGGGGGUGGGGGGUGGGGGGUCUAGUUGGCUGUUUUGUUUACAAUCUAAUGCUGGGUGUAAAGAGCUGCUGCACAGAAAAGAGAAAGGAAGUCCCCGUCCCCCUCCUCCUUUUUACUCAUUUCAGAUGAGGUUGUUCAGUGGGCUGUCCUUAAACUGACCUGGGAGCAGCUCAUUUCUCUGGUUUACUCAACCUCAACUAGACAAAACCAGUGAAAUGAGCCUCAGUGAUGUUUCACCUUCUUGAAAGAAGGUGAUGUUGUUUCACAUUACAGGACGCCAUGUUGCACCUCGUCUACGGCAGCUCCACAUUUCUCUUAUUAACUUUGUUUUUCAAACAUGUGGGGGCUCUUGGGUGGGGGUUAAGAAGAGAAAACACGCCCUUUUUUUUCCCACAGGGCUUUUGGAUGACGUGUAACUGUUUGUAAUGCUUGGGUGAGAAAAGGUCGGCUGUCACGUGACAACACUCUUUUUGUGGUGCUUUCACCUUUUUUAGGAAUUCCUGAAUUGGGAGUUCUGUUUGUUUUGUAUUAGUUUCUUCUCUGCGUAAAAGGAAAAAAAGUCACUACAAUUGCUUCGUAACGAAGUAUCUGAUAAUGUUCCUGAGUAUUCAGGGUCUUUUGUUUUUGUUGUCUUAAUAAACCUUUUGAUUUUCCAAA